UUGAGUUUUCCAACCAGUGCCUGAACGCAUCAGGAGCGCAGCGCUUUGGAUGAGAUUAUCCUCCUUCAGUGCGACGCGGCGUUACCGCGGAUCCAAACGAGCAGGAGGUGCUUUGAGACUCAAACAUGGGAAACGCAGACACCAAACUUCACUUCAGGAAAGCGGUGAUUCAGCUCACGACCAAAACACAGCCCGUAGAAGCCUCAGACGAUGCCUUCUGGGAUCAGUUCUGGGCGGACACCUCCACCACUGUCCAGGACGUCUUCGCUCUGGUGCCGGCGGCCGAGAUCAGAGCUGUGAGGGAGGAGUCUCCGUCCAACCUGGCAACCCUCUGCUACAAGGCGGUGGAGCGGUUGGUUCAGGGUGCCGACUCCGGCUGCCCGUCAGAGAAAGAGCGUCAGACGGUUCUGAACUGCACCCGUCUGCUGACCCGCAUCCUGCCGUACAUCUUCGAGGACGCCGACUGGAGAGGCUUCUUCUGGUCCACGGUGCCGGGAGCCGGAAGGUCCGGGCGUUUGGACGAAGACGGCGAUGAAGAUGAAGCUCGGCCGCUGGCUGAAUCCUUGCUGCUCGCCAUCGCCGACCUGCUCUUCUGUCCAGAUUUCACGGCUCAGAGCCACAAGAAGAACAACCAGGACUCGGCCGAGGACAUCCGAUCCAUAGACAGCUGUGAGUACAUCUGGGAGGCCGGGGUCGGCUUCGCUCAGUCACCUCCUCUCAACUACGUCCACGACCUCAACAGGACGGAGCUGCUGAAGUUGCUGCUCACCUGUCUGUCCGAGGCCAUGUACCUUCCUCCGUCCUCUGAGAAGAGGAACCUCAAUCCGUGGGUGUCCUUCUUCUGCUCCUCAGAAAACAGACACGCCCUGCCUCUGUUCACCUCCCUGCUCAACGUGGUGUGUGCCUACGACCCCGUCGGGUACGGCAUCCCGUACAACCACCUGCUGUUCUCCGACCACCGGGAGCAGCUGGUGGAGCAGGCGGUCCAGAUCCUCAUCGUGACCCUGGAGCACGAGGCCGGGUCGGCCGCCAGCGCCGCCCUGCAGGCCCUCGACACCUCGGCCUCCGCUGUGGAGGAACAGGAGCCAGCUGGACCGGAUAACCUCUUUGUGAAUUAUCUCUCCAGGAUACACAGAGAAGAGGACUUGAGCUUCAUCCUGAAAGGUCUGGCUCGACUGAUGAACAAUCCUCUGGUCCAGACUUACCUGCCUCAUUCCAGCAAGAGGAUCCAGUUCCAUCAGGAGCUACUGAUCCUCUUCUGGAAGUUCUGUGACUUCAACAAGAAAUUCCUGUUCUUCGUGCUGAAGAGCAGCGACGUGUUGGACGUUCUGGUUCCCAUCCUCUUCAGCCUGAACGAUGUCAGAGCAGAUCAGUCUCGUGUGGGCCUCAUGCACAUCGGCGUGUUCAUCCUCCUGCUGCUGAGCGGAGAGAGAAACUUUGGAGUUCGUCUGAACAAGCCGUAUGCUCUCCGUGUCCCGAUGGACAUACCCGUCUUCACAGGAACCCACGCUGACCUGCUCAUAUUGAUCUUCCAUAAGAUCAUCACCGGUGGACACCAGCGGCUGCAGCCUCUGUUUGACUGCCUGCUCACAAUAAUAGUGAACAUUUCUCCUUAUCUGAAGAGCCUGUCCAUGUUGGCGGCCAACAAGCUGCUCCACCUGCUGGAGGCCUUCUCCACGCCCUGGUUCCUCUUCUCCUCCCGACAGAACCACCACCUGGUCUUCUUCCUGCUGGAGGUCUUCAACAACAUUAUCCAGUAUCAGUUUGAUGGUAACUGCAACCUGGUGUACGCCAUCAUCAGGAAGAGAAACGUUUUCCACCAGCUGGCCAACCUGACGUCCGACGCAGCGUCCAUUCAGAAGGCGCUGCAGAGGAAGAAGAAGUCUGGGAUCUCCAGGAGCAACUCUACAGAGACGGAGACCAUGGAGGGCUCCAGACCUGCUGGUCCUGCUGAGCCUGGAAUGCUCAAAGCCAGUUUAGCGGCAACUCCAGGAAUCGAUAAGAUAACAGAGAAGUCCCAGGUGAGCUUGGACGGUACGAUGGUCACUGUUCCUCACUUAAACUCCACACAGACGCCUGCUGACUCCAGCGCUGAAGCUGCAGUCAGCGACACGGAGUCCAACUCAGAGAGAGACCACGAGGUCUCCCUCGCAGAGUCAGAGGCAGCGAGGAGUCGGUUGUCGAGUGUGUCGUCAUCGGCGGCCUGGAGCGCCAGCACAGACUGGGUGUCGUCAUGGAAGACCAAACUCCCUCUACAGACCAUCAUGCGGCUGUUACAGGUGCUGGUGCCUCAGGUGGAGAAGAUUUGCAUCGACAAGGGUUUGACAGACGAGUCAGAAAUCCUGAAGUUCCUUCAUCACGGUACGCUGGUCGGCCUGCUGCCCGUCCCUCAUCCCAUCCUCAUCAGGAAGUACCAGGCCAACGCCGGCACCGCCAUGUGGUUCCGAACCUACAUGUGGGGCGUCAUCUACUUACGCAACGUGGAUCCUCCAAUCUGGUACGACACGGACAUACGGCUCUUUGAGAUCCAGAGGAUUUAGAGCGGCUGUUGACUUUGUUCUCUUCACAAACUCACCAACAAUGAGAUCUGAUGUGUUUUUUUUAAAACUUCUUCAAACCUGAACUGUGAUCGGAGGAACAUUUCACCGCUUUGUUGGGAUAUUUAAAGAAAAACAAGCAGCAAAGAUCAUGAACUUCAUUCUUCCCGACAAAUUUCAGGGUUCAGACAAGAAUGUCUAAAUGUGUCAAAGCAUUUGUUACUGUGUAUCAAAUACAACCUGUAAUAUGAGCGAUGCCAAAUGGUCAUUAAAUUUGACUUAAC